AUGAGAGUGCAUACUGGCGAGAAACCCUACCAAUGUGAAGAAUGCAACAAGUGUUUUACUCAGAAAGGCCACCUGAAAACACACAUGAGAGUGCAUACAAGUGAUAAACCGCACCAAUGUAAAGAAUGCAACAUACGUUUUACCAGGAUAGGCUCUUUGAAAACACACAUGAGAGUGCAUACUGGUGAGAAACCCUACCAAUGUAAAGAAUGCAACAGACACUCUUUGAAAAUACACGCGAGAGUGCAUACUGGUGAACAACCAUAUCAAUGUAAAGAAUGCAACAAGUGUUUUACCAAGAAAGGCAAUCUGAAAACACACACAAGAGUGCAUACUGGUGAGAAACCAUACCAAUGUAAAGAAUGCAACAAGUGGUUUAGCCAGAAAAGCAAUCUGAAAACACACACAAGAAUGCAUACAG